GUGCAGGAGUUACGUGAUAAAGCUGAUGCCUACAGGAAAAGGGCCUGGGGAACUCAUUUUUCUCGGCAGCACCUGAAUCAGAUCCUGUCGAACCACAACUGGAUGUGGGAGCCUUCCAGUGGCACCUCGUCCUCAUCCUCCAUUGAAUCUGAGGCCUGCAGUAGUAGCACCCCUAUCAUCGAGGCUCUGGACCUGGCCAGGGCUGGCAGUGUCAGGGGAAGCUCUAGCCCUGGGCCUUCUGCUUCUGUGGCAGCCAGCAGGAGAAGCUCUCCUGGGGAUGCUCGUCUUCAUGAAGACCCCACCCUCCCUGUGCAGAGGAAGUUGGCCUGGGAUGAAGAAGAGGGACUUGGAGAGAGAAAUGAGUCAGAGAUUUCAGUUGAAAAAAAUGAGGGGAAUCCAAAAGAUACGCAUGGGGACAUGAAGGAGAGAAAUGAAAGGUUGCACGCGUUGGAAACUGAGUCAUCAUCAGUGGUGGACGGGUCUGGAGAUUCCAUUAACAGGGGCAGACUGCCAACCCCCAAACUCAGGACCAUGCAGACUGUACAAAGAACACACCAUGAUCGGACCACUCCAGGAGGAGCUUUGCUGGUCUCUCCUCUGAAUAUCAAACAUUCCUCCAGGAGAGUUAGGAGGCGUGAGCCACCUUUAGGAAAACCUCACUCUCCUUACAAACAUAUAGAUGGCUCUCCACAGCAGCCACACAGUAAGGUUGAGAGUAGAAGCUUGCCACGUUCCUCGCCAGCCGCUGGCCUGACAACCGUAGAUCCACUUCCCAUGCGAGAAGAUGCCUGGUCUGAUGAGGAGGCGGCAGACUACUCCACCAAUCCAAGACAACCCAAGCCAUCGCAAAUACAACAGACCAGCCACCGUCACAAAGCUGCUAUCCCUCCACCUGCCAACAGGAUCCAGGGCACAAUGAGAAACCCGGAAUUUCAGCAUAAUG